GGAAGGGAGGGAGCACGAGGGAGACAGAAAGGACCGGGGCAUAAAGGGAGAGGAAAACAACACAUUAUGAACUGCUGAGAUUAGAAGAUUCCUGUAGAGUGUGAGGGGGGGAGUGGAUGCCUGUGUGCCGCUCUCCUGCGAGGGGGUCUCCUGGUGUCUCUCUCUCACUUGAUGAGUUAUUAACUAUGACAACAAAGCAGUAAACGGUGACUUCUUCCUCACGGCAGUGAACGGAAGACAUGAAAUUGCAGAGCCUAAGUUCAGCCCGUUGCAAGUGGACCCGGCAGGCCUGAACGCUCCACCUGUAAUCGUCGUCUCAUCGGCCCCAGGUAAUCUGGAGCACACACAUUGUUCGUCUGAGUAACUGUGAGACAGUUCUUGCUCAGCAGAGUGAGGGAUAUUUCAUGGUACAUCCCGGGGACGCUUCACAGGCAGCGUUACACGUCCUUCACUACACAGGAAUCCAUCGACUGUAAGACAAUGAGACGCCGUCGCCGGAUGCAAAUGGAUUCUGAGAGUUUGACUCGAACUCCUGCCUCUCGGUGCCGGCAUGGACGUGGAGGAUGAGCCGCUGCUGUUUCACACCAGCUGGGGAGCAGAGGAGGAGGAGGAGGAGGAGGAGGAGGAAGAGGAUGGCGCGGAGGCUGCAGCAGGACAGAGGCCUUCCCCCGAGGCCUGUGGUGUGUGGAGGGUGGUGGGGUGGGUGUACACACAACCCUGGGCCAGUGGGGCAGUUUUAGGCGUAGCCAUCCUUGUGCCGUGUUCCCUCUUUCUCUACAUGCUCUUCUACUGCCCUCCUCUGGACAUAGACCUCUCCUACAGUGCCUUUGAGGUCCACAGUCACUUCUCUGCCGAGCGCUUUGACGCCCUCACCAUCGCGGUUAAGACUCAGCUGGGGUCGUGGGACAGACGCAGGCGAGACAUAGACAACGGCACGUCCGAGGCCCUGACGGAGCUCCUGCUGGAGAAGCUGGGCGGGCAGGCGGCGCUCAACGGGACGUGGGACGAGGGCGCGAGGCCUCGGAACGGCCCUCCGCGGGCAGAGGACGAUCAGAGGAGGGGCGUCGCAGGGAGCGGCGAGGAAAGGGCGCAGCAGGAAACGGGAGCGCGGUGGAAACGGGGUGGGAAUUCCACCGGGCCCACCAGGAGGCGAAGGUUCUCCCCCAAUUAUUACUUGCAGAGCCAAGCCCUGUGGCGGAUCGAGCUGGUGUUCGUGGCUCAAGGCGAGGGCGACCGCAACAUCUUCACCCCGGAGCGGCUGCAGACGGUGCACGGCGUGGAGCGGCUCCUCAUGCAGCACCCGCAGUUCCGUCAGUUCUGCUGGAAGCCCCUGGAGGUGCUGAGGGACCUGCCGCUGGGCCCGUCCUACUGCUCGCCGCCCAGCUCGCUCCUGACCUACCUCUACCCCAGCGAGAGAGGGGGCAAGAUCUACUACGACGGCAUGGGCCCGGACCUGGCAGAUAUUCAGGGUUCUCUGCGUCUGGCCAUCACCCACCCUCAGUUCUACUGGUACGUGGACGAGGGCCUGUCCCCCGAGCGCCUCUCCUCCUCCCUCCUCCGCAGCGAGAUCCACUUCGGAGCGCCGCUGCCCUCCUUCUACUCCCUGCAGGACCGGGCGGACGAGCAGCGAGCCCGCUUCAAGCGCUUCGUGGUCCAGUACGGAGCGCUGCUGGCCAAGCAGUCGACCAGCCGGGUGAAGGUGCUGUACGGGGGCACGGAGCUGUUCGACGACGAGGUCCGGCGCACGUUCCGCAACGACAUGAUGCUGGCGGUCAUCAGCGGGGCCUGCAUCACGCUGCUGGUCUACGUGCUCACCUCCUUCUCCGUGUUCCUGACCUUCUUCGGGCUGGCCAGCAUCGGCCUGAGCUGCCUGACGGCGCUCUUCCUGUACCACGUGGUCUUUGGCGUGCGGUACCUGGGCAUCCUCAACGGGGUGGCGGCGUUUGUGAUUAUUGGAAUUGGGGUGGACGACGUGUUCGUGUUCAUCAGCACCUUCAGACAGGCCUCCCACCUGCACCGGCCGCAGCAGAGGAUGAUCCACACGGUCAAAACGGCGGGCCGGGCCACGUUCCUCACCUCCUUCACCACCGCCGCCGCCUACGCCGCCAACACCUUCUCGCAGAUCCCGGCCGUGCACGACUUCGGCCUGUUCAUGGCCCUCAUCGUCAGCUGCUGCUGGCUGUGGGUGUCCGUCCUGAUGCCGGCCGCCCUGUGCAUCUGGACGCAGCACGUGGAGCGCCGCGAGCACGUCUGGCUGAGCUGCUGCAAGCCGUUUUCGGGCCUGUCAGCGAGCCCUUUGUCGGACGAGGACGAUGAUGUGGCACUGCUGUCGGUGGAGAUGGAGCCAGACUUGUGUGACGCGGACAGCGACGCGGCCGUUCUGUCCCUGUCGGUGGACACCCCUCUGUCCCCCGCAGGGCAGCAUGUGGGCGUGGUGAGCACAAACCUACAAUGGGCCCUGAGGCAUCUGGUGGCAGAGCCGGCUGUGGAGCAUCGGAAGGCUGUUCUGGGUGUCUUCCUCCUGGUCCUGCUGCUCUCCGCCGGCUGCUGCUGCCUCCUGAGGCCGGCCACCCGCGCUCCCCUGCUCUUCCGGCCGGACACGAACCUCCAGACCCUGCUGGCGCUGAGGAGCAACCUCAGCGGCCAGGGCAUCUCCUGCCCCAUGUGCUCAGGUGUGUUCAUGGAGAAGCCCCACCCCCUGUACGCCCACGUGUCCCCGGCGGCCUUCAAGUUCUCCACACAUCAGCAGGGCCCAAGCACCAGCACCUCAGCGAAGGCCAAUUUAAGCACAAAACAAACGGGCUCGUUGCUGACCGUGUACAUAUCAAAGCUGGACCUCGUGGGCUCUACGGCGCUUUACCGCUUUUCCCUCAACACCAACACCACCCACCCGUGGAAGCAGUGCAGCGCAGAGCACCAGGAGGUGCCGUCCUUUCAGGCCUACAGCCGGCCCCGCAGCAACUACACCAGCAGGAUGACCGUGUGCGUGUCCCGCGUGUACCACCCCAGCCCCAGCUGGAUGAUCACGACCGGCUCCUGCGACGCCCGCCACAGCUGGACGCCGGACUUCUCCUUCUACGUGGCGGUGUCUCCGCAGCAGCACAGCAGGAGGCUGUACUUCGCCCAGCGCCGCCUGAGUCCGCAUCCCAGCCGAGUGUGUGUGCACCCGCCCGGCUGCCUCGUCGGUUCCGGGCCUGAUGGGCCCACGCAGGGGGCCUUUUAUGCUCCGCUUCCCAGUGACACCUCGGCUCCUAAAACAAACCCCUCCAAGACGUUUGGCUUCAACCCGUGCAGCGGUGGCGUGUGCGGCCGACCCGCUGUGCGUCCUCUGGUCGACACCGGCGCCAUGGUCUUUGUGGUGUUCGGGAUCCUGGGAGUCAACCGGACUGAACAAAAGGACAACCACGUUAUCGGAGACAUGGGCAGCAUCAUAUUGGAUCCGGACUUCGAUAUCUUCCAGGAAAUGGGGCAUCUGUGCAAAAUCUGUAAAGCUGUGAGCGCAAACAGAAAGCUGGUGAAGCCGGGAGGAGCGCAGUGCUUGCCUUCAGGUAACAAGCUGUCUUCUGUUCUGCCUCUCCUCCACCCUGACUGUCACUCCCUCCCUGAGCCCAACCUGCUGCCGGGUCAGCUCUCCCACGGAGCGGUGGGAAUGCGCGGGGGCAAGGUCCGCUGGCUGUCCAUGGCCUUCGAGUCGACCACGUACAAGGGGAAGUCCUCCUUCCAGACCUAUUCCGACUUCCUUCAGUGGGAGAACUUCAUCCAGGAGCAGCUGUCCGUCCUGCCCGAGACGUCCGCGCUGCGCCGGGGCUUCCAGACCUGUGAGCACUGGAAGCAGAUCUUCAUGGAAAUCAUAGGCGUGGAGAGCGCCCUCUGGAGCCUGCUGCUGUCUCUGGCCAUCUGCGUGGCAGCGGUGUCCGUGUUCACCGCGCACCCUCUGCUGCUGCUCCCAGUGCUCGUGACCAUCGUAGGCGUCAUCUGCCUGGUGGUGGCGGUCAUGUACUGGCUGGGCUGGGAGAUGGGAGCAGUGGAGGCCAUUUCCCUGUCCAUACUGGUGGGGUCUUCGGUGGAUUACUGCCUGCACCUGGUGGAGGGCUACCUGCUGGCCGCGGCGCCCGCUCCGGCUCAUGACUCCGGGCUCCCGGCGGAGCGGCGGCGGCGGGCCCUGGAGGCGGUGAACCACGUGGGCGUCGCCAUCGUGUCCAGCGCCGUCACCACUGUCAUCUCCACGGUGCCGCUCUUCUUCUGCGUCAUCGUGCCUUUCGCCAAGUUCGGCCAGAUCGUGGCCAUCAACACGGCCGCGUCCAUCGCGCUCACGCUCACCGUGACGGUGGCCAUGCUGGCGUGCGUGGCCCCCGCCCGCUUCGACCGCCCCGCCGGCGCCGUGCUGAAGGCCGGCCUGGCCGUGGCGGCGGCGGCGGCCCUGGGGGCGGGCCUGUGCUGGGCGGGCGGGCGUCUGGGGGCCGGGACCUGGCAGCCGAUCGGCGCGUGAAACGCAGGCGUGCGCCAGCUUACACUGAUGUCAGACGGAGGAGUCCCUCAGUCCGCAAGAACUACAUUAACACUGUCCAGUCCUCCGCGCGUGGGGGGGAGGGAUGUCAUGCCAGUAAAUGAUCGUGUACUUUACAGCACAAAGAUGUCAGAAUCAUCUCCAUUAACAGAAGCACUUUUAUUCACUCCUAUCGAUCAGUGGAUUGUGUUGGGGAGGAAAACCCGCGUCCACUGUGUUAUUGUUUCUACAGUUGGUGGAAACGGCUCCUGUGAGUCAUAGUAAUGGAAAAACAUGGAAUUUGGUUUGUGUCAUUGGUUCGAGCUGGUGUCUCAGCCUGGAGGAGGAGAAUCACUGCGAAAGUAUUGGGAAACUCUGGCUGAGUCACUCUUUUCAUAAGUGUAAUUUAGUUGUGAAGAGUCCCAACUGUUGUGUGACCUGCGUUUGUGAAGAUUAGUGUUUACAUGAUUCACGCUCAUCUUGUGAAGCCUUUUUUUCAUUUUGUGUUUUCCUGACUGUGCAUUGAAUGUUUCCAGCCGCCCUUGUUAAAGGCUGUGAUGUCCUACAGUGGCUGCAGUAAACGUCGUAUGAACAUUUAUGCCGUGCGGUUUUGUGUGUAAUAUUUACUGUAUAAAUGUCUGUGUGCUGCUCUCACACAAUCAGAAGUGAAGCCGAUUACGCCAGUACUUACCUCGAGAGCUCAUCCUCUUUCUGACUCUUUUACAUGUUUAUAUCUCAGAAGUCCAACGGCUCCAAACUCUAUUUUUGUUAUGGGGACAAAUUGAAAGCAGCCUCUCGUCAGCUCCUCAGGUGAACGCUCCACGCGGCCUCCUCCACCCGUCGGGGCCUCCGCUCUCUCGCGGUCUGGAGCGCCACUCAAACCCAUCGACACCAGCGGCGCUCGGCCCCGCGGCGGAGGCGAGGGCCGUUUGUCAAACCACGUAACACAAUACAGCACAGAGGGGCACCGGCUCAAUUGCAGCGAGGGUAGUAAAUUUCACUAUUGUGUGCGUUUACUCGUGAAUGUCAAAUAAAACAAGUGCAGCAAGCA